UGAGAGUCAGGCUCCCAGGAGGGAUGUCGUGUUCUUGCUGGAUGGAUCUGAUGGCACGAGGAGUGGAUUCCCAGCAAUGCGGGACUUUGUUCAAAGAGUAGUGGAGACACUCGGUGUGGAUGAGAACAAAGAUCGCGUGGCUGUGGUCCAGUACAGUAGAGAUCCAGCCGCCCAAUUCUAUCUGAACACAUACACAACAAAAGGAGAGAUUCUCAACACUGUAAGAGGUCUGAGACACAAAGGUGGGAGACCUCUCAACACUGGAGCAGCUCUCCAGUAUGUGAGAGACAAUGUCUUGACUGCCUCCUCCGGAAGUCGACGCACUGAAGGUGUUCCACAGUUACUGAUUCUGCUGAGUGGUGGAAGGUCCUUUGACAAUGUUGACACUCCAGCUUCUGCUCUGAAGGAGCUUGGGGUCUUGAUCUUUGGAAUUGGAACAAGGAGCUCUGAUAGCAGAGAAUUGCAGAGGAUAUCACAUGAUCCCAGUUACGCUCUGUCUGUCUCUGACUUCACUGACCUUCCAAACAUCCAGCAGCAACUUCUGUCCUCGGUGGAGUCAGUUGUUAUUGACGUUACGCCAGAAUCGACAACAGAUUUAGUUGAUCAUGACACCUCCAGAAAGGAUGUGGUAUUCCUUGUGGAUGGUUCUGAUGGCACAAGGAAUGGAUUCCCAGCAAUGCGUGAUUUUGUUCAGCGAGUAGUGGGGAAACUCAAUGUGGGAGGAGACAAAGACCGCGUUUCUGUUGUCCAGUACGGUAGAGAUCAAGAAGUUCAUUUCUAUCUGAACACAUACACCACAAAGGAGGACAUUCUUAACACUGUGAGAAGUCUGAGGCACAGAGGAGGUAGACCCCUUAACACUGGGGCAGCCCUCCAAUACGUAAGGGACAACGUCCUUACUGCCUCCUCUGGAAGCAGAAGCCAAGAGGGCGUCCCUCAGAUGCUGAUACUGCUGAGUGGGGGAAGGUCCAGUGAUAAUGUUGACAUACCAGCUUCUGCCCUGAAAGACAGUGGGGUCUUGAUCUUUGGCAUUGGAACCAGAAAUUCCAGCAGAGAGGUUCAAGGGAUUGCCACUGAUCCUAGUUUUUCCCAGUCUGUUUCUGAAUUCACUGACCUCCCCAGCAUCCAGGAGCAGUUUUUCUCCACACUCAUAACUGUACAAGUUGAGGCCACACCCAAAACCCCAACAGUCAUAGUGGACCAAAGCAUUGCCAGAAAGGAUGUAGUAUUCCUGCUGGAUGGUUCUGAUGGCACUAGGAAUGGCUUUCCAGCAAUGCGUGACUUUGUUCAAAGAGUGGUAGAGAAACUCACUGUGGAGGAGAACAGAGAUCGAGUCUCUGUGGUCCAGUAUAGCAAAGAAUCAGAGGCCCACUUCUAUUUGAACACUUACACAACAAAGGAAGACGUUGUGGACACCGUAAGAGGCCUGAGGCACAAAGGAGGGAGACCCCUCAACACUGGGGCAGCUCUCCAGUAUGUCAGGGACAAUGUCUUUAUUGCCUCCUCCGGAAGUAGGCGCCUUGAAGGUGUUCCACAGAUUCUGAUACUGCUGAAUGGUGGAAGGUCCUUUGACAAUGUAGAUACACCAGCGUCUGCUCUCAAGGAGCUUGGUGUCUUGGUGUUUGGAAUUGGAACAAGGAGCUCUGAUAGCAGAGAAUUACAAAAAAUAUCCUAUGACCCCAGUUAUGCUCUUUCCGUGUCUGAAUUUACUGACCUCCCCAACGUCCAACAGCAGCUUCUUUCUGCUAUGGGCACUGUCAUUGUACAGGUCACAACCAUGACACCAACAGUAAAACCAACAAUCCUAGUUGAGAGUCAGGCUCCCAGGAGGGAUGUCGUGUUCUUGCUGGAUGGAUCUGAUGGCACGAGGAGUGGAUUCCCAGCAAUGCGGGACUUUGUUCAAAGAGUAGUGGAGACACUCGGUGUGGAUGAGAACAAAGAUCGCGUGGCUGUGGUCCAGUACAGUAGAGAUCCAGCCGCCCAAUUCUAUCUGAACACAUACACAACAAAAGGAGAGAUUCUCAACACUGUAAGAGGUCUGAGACACAAAGGUGGGAGACCUCUCAACACUGGAGCAGCUCUCCAGUAUGUGAGAGACAAUGUCUUGACUGCCUCCUCCGGAAGUCGACGCACUGAAGGUGUUCCACAGUUACUGAUUCUGCUGAGUGGUGGAAGGUCCUUUGACAAUGUUGACACUCCAGCUUCUGCUCUGAAGGAGCUUGGGGUCUUGAUCUUUGGAAUUGGAACAAGGAGCUCUGAUAGCAGAGAAUUGCAGAGGAUAUCACAUGAUCCCAGUUACGCUCUGUCUGUCUCUGACUUCACUGACCUUCCAAACAUCCAGCAGCAACUUCUGUCCUCGGUGGAGUCAGUUGUUAUUGACGUUACGCCAGAAUCGACAACAGAUUUAGUUGAUCAUGACACCUCCAGAAAGGAUGUGGUAUUCCUUGUGGAUGGUUCUGAUGGCACAAGGAAUGGAUUCCCAGCAAUGCGUGAUUUUGUUCAGCGAGUAGUGGGGAAACUCAAUGUGGGAGGAGACAAAGACCGCGUUUCUGUUGUCCAGUACGGUAGAGAUCAAGAAGUUCAUUUCUAUCUGAACACAUACACCACAAAGGAGGACAUUCUUAACACUGUGAGAAGUCUGAGGCACAGAGGAGGUAGACCCCUUAACACUGGGGCAGCCCUCCAAUACGUAAGGGACAACGUCCUUACUGCCUCCUCUGGAAGCAGAAGCCAAGAGGGCGUCCCUCAGAUGCUGAUACUGCUGAGUGGGGAAGGUCCAGUGAUAAUGUUGACAUACCAGCUUCUGCCCUGAAAGACAGUGGGGUCUUGAUCUUUGGCAUUGGAACCAGAAAUUCCAGCAGAGAGGUUCAAGGGAUUGCCACUGAUCCUAGUUUUUCCCAGUCUGUUUCUGAAUUCACUGACCUCCCCAGCAUCCAGGAGCAGUUUUUCUCCACACUCAUAACUGUACAAGUUGAGGCCACACCCAAAACCCCAACAGUCAUAGUGGACCAAAGCAUUGCCAGAAAGGAUGUAGUAUUCCUGCUGGAUGGUUCUGAUGGCACUAGGAAUGGCUUUCCAGCAAUGCGUGACUUUGUUCAAAGAGUGGUAGAGAAACUCACUGUGGAGGAGAACAGAGAUCGAGUCUCUGUGGUCCAGUAUAGCAAAGAAUCAGAGGCCCACUUCUAUUUGAACACUUACACAACAAAGGAAGACGUUGUGGACACCGUAAGAGGCCUGAGGCACAAAGGAGGGAGACCCCUCAACACUGGGGCAGCUCUCCAGUAUGUCAGGGACAAUGUCUUUAUUGCCUCCUCCGGAAGUAGGCGCCUUGAAGGUGUUCCACAGAUUCUGAUACUGCUGAAUGGUGGAAGGUCCUUUGACAAUGUAGAUACACCAGCGUCUGCUCUCAAGGAGCUUGGUGUCUUGGUGUUUGGAAUUGGAACAAGGAGCUCUGAUAGCAGAGAAUUACAAAAAAUAUCCUAUGACCCCAGUUAUGCUCUUUCCGUGUCUGAAUUUACUGACCUCCCCAACGUCCAACAGCAGCUUCUUUCUGCUAUGGGCACUGUCAUUGUACAGGUCACAACCAUGACACCAACAGUAAAACCAACAAUCCUAGUUGAGAGUCAGGCUCCCAGGAGGGAUGUCGUGUUCUUGCUGGAUGGAUCUGAUGGCACGAGGAGUGGAUUCCCAGCAAUGCGGGACUUUGUUCAAAGAGUAGUGGAGACACUCGGUGUGGAUGAGAACAAAGAUCGCGUGGCUGUGGUCCAGUACAGUAGAGAUCCAGCCGCCCAAUUCUAUCUGAACACAUACACAACAAAAGGAGAGAUUCUCAACACUGUAAGAGGUCUGAGACACAAAGGUGGGAGACCUCUCAACACUGGAGCAGCUCUCCAGUAUGUGAGAGACAAUGUCUUGACUGCCUCCUCCGGAAGUCGACGCACUGAAGGUGUUCCACAGUUACUGAUUCUGCUGAGUGGUGGAAGGUCCUUUGACAAUGUUGACACUCCAGCUUCUGCUCUGAAGGAGCUUGGGGUCUUGAUCUUUGGAAUUGGAACAAGGAGCUCUGAUAGCAGAGAAUUGCAGAGGAUAUCACAUGAUCCCAGUUACGCUCUGUCUGUCUCUGACUUCACUGACCUUCCAAACAUCCAGCAGCAACUUCUGUCCUCGGUGGAGUCAGUUGUUAUUGACGUUACGCCAGAAUCGACAACAGAUUUAGUUGAUCAUGACACCUCCAGAAAGGAUGUGGUAUUCCUUGUGGAUGGUUCUGAUGGCACAAGGAAUGGAUUCCCAGCAAUGCGUGAUUUUGUUCAGCGAGUAGUGGGGAAACUCAAUGUGGGAGGAGACAAAGACCGCGUUUCUGUUGUCCAGUACGGUAGAGAUCAAGAAGUUCAUUUCUAUCUGAACACAUACACCACAAAGGAGGACAUUCUUAACACUGUGAGAAGUCUGAGGCACAGAGGAGGUAGACCCCUUAACACUGGGGCAGCCCUCCAAUACGUAAGGGACAACGUCCUUACUGCCUCCUCUGGAAGCAGAAGCCAAGAGGGCGUCCCUCAGAUGCUGAUACUGCUGAGUGGGGAAGGUCCAGUGAUAAUGUUGACAUACCAGCUUCUGCCCUGAAAGACAGUGGGGUCUUGAUCUUUGGCAUUGGAACCAGAAAUUCCAGCAGAGAGGUUCAAGGGAUUGCCACUGAUCCUAGUUUUUCCCAGUCUGUUUCUGAAUUCACUGACCUCCCCAGCAUCCAGGAGCAGUUUUUCUCCACACUCAUAACUGUACAAGUUGAGGCCACACCCAAAACCCCAACAGUCAUAGUGGACCAAAGCAUUGCCAGAAAGGAUGUAGUAUUCCUGCUGGAUGGUUCUGAUGGCACUAGGAAUGGCUUUCCAGCAAUGCGUGACUUUGUUCAAAGAGUGGUAGAGAAACUCACUGUGGAGGAGAACAGAGAUCGAGUCUCUGUGGUCCAGUAUAGCAAAGAAUCAGAGGCCCACUUCUAUUUGAACACUUACACAACAAAGGAAGACGUUGUGGACACCGUAAGAGGCCUGAGGCACAAAGGAGGGAGACCCCUCAACACUGGGGCAGCUCUCCAGUAUGUCAGGGACAAUGUCUUUAUUGCCUCCUCCGGAAGUAGGCGCCUUGAAGGUGUUCCACAGAUUCUGAUACUGCUGAAUGGUGGAAGGUCCUUUGACAAUGUAGAUACACCAGCGUCUGCUCUCAAGGAGCUUGGUGUCUUGGUGUUUGGAAUUGGAACAAGGAGCUCUGAUAGCAGAGAAUUACAAAAAAUAUCCUAUGACCCCAGUUAUGCUCUUUCCGUGUCUGAAUUUACUGACCUCCCCAACGUCCAACAGCAGCUUCUUUCUGCUAUGGGCACUGUCAUUGUACAGGUCACAACCAUGACACCAACAGUAAAACCAACAAUCCUAGUUGAGAGUCAGGCUCCCAGGAGGGAUGUCGUGUUCUUGCUGGAUGGAUCUGAUGGCACGAGGAGUGGAUUCCCAGCAAUGCGGGACUUUGUUCAAAGAGUAGUGGAGACACUCGGUGUGGAUGAGAACAAAGAUCGCGUGGCUGUGGUCCAGUACAGUAGAGAUCCAGCCGCCCAAUUCUAUCUGAACACAUACACAACAAAAGGAGAGAUUCUCAACACUGUAAGAGGUCUGAGACACAAAGGUGGGAGACCUCUCAACACUGGAGCAGCUCUCCAGUAUGUGAGAGACAAUGUCUUGACUGCCUCCUCCGGAAGUCGACGCACUGAAGGUGUUCCACAGUUACUGAUUCUGCUGAGUGGUGGAAGGUCCUUUGACAAUGUUGACACUCCAGCUUCUGCUCUGAAGGAGCUUGGGGUCUUGAUCUUUGGAAUUGGAACAAGGAGCUCUGAUAGCAGAGAAUUGCAGAGGAUAUCACAUGAUCCCAGUUACGCUCUGUCUGUCUCUGACUUCACUGACCUUCCAAACAUCCAGCAGCAACUUCUGUCCUCGGUGGAGUCAGUUGUUAUUGACGUUACGCCAGAAUCGACAACAGAUUUAGUUGAUCAUGACACCUCCAGAAAGGAUGUGGUAUUCCUUGUGGAUGGUUCUGAUGGCACAAGGAAUGGAUUCCCAGCAAUGCGUGAUUUUGUUCAGCGAGUAGUGGGGAAACUCAAUGUGGGAGGAGACAAAGACCGCGUUUCUGUUGUCCAGUACGGUAGAGAUCAAGAAGUUCAUUUCUAUCUGAACACAUACACCACAAAGGAGGACAUUCUUAACACUGUGAGAAGUCUGAGGCACAGAGGAGGUAGACCCCUUAACACUGGGGCAGCCCUCCAAUACGUAAGGGACAACGUCCUUACUGCCUCCUCUGGAAGCAGAAGCCAAGAGGGCGUCCCUCAGAUGCUGAUACUGCUGAGUGGGGAAGGUCCAGUGAUAAUGUUGACAUACCAGCUUCUGCCCUGAAAGACAGUGGGGUCUUGAUCUUUGGCAUUGGAACCAGAAAUUCCAGCAGAGAGGUUCAAGGGAUUGCCACUGAUCCUAGUUUUUCCCAGUCUGUUUCUGAAUUCACUGACCUCCCCAGCAUCCAGGAGCAGUUUUUCUCCACACUCAUAACUGUACAAGUUGAGGCCACACCCAAAACCCCAACAGUCAUAGUGGACCAAAGCAUUGCCAGAAAGGAUGUAGUAUUCCUGCUGGAUGGUUCUGAUGGCACUAGGAAUGGCUUUCCAGCAAUGCGUGACUUUGUUCAAAGAGUGGUAGAGAAACUCACUGUGGAGGAGAACAGAGAUCGAGUCUCUGUGGUCCAGUAUAGCAAAGAAUCAGAGGCCCACUUCUAUUUGAACACUUACACAACAAAGGAAGACGUUGUGGACACCGUAAGAGGCCUGAGGCACAAAGG